GAGCAGCCCUUCUGGUGGCGGGGGCGUGCCGAGUCCUUGUGCUUCGACCUGGCGCUGACACCGGAGAAGGAGUUGACGACCGGUGCGCCUCCGAUGUACCAAUGGUGGGAUGUCGAGAAGUUGUCCGAGUCCGACAACUUCGUGGGGGUAUGCAAGCCCGCCGGCAUGUUCGUGGUGACCGACCACCGCGGCCUCUGGGAGGUGUCUCCAACGAACUUCAUUCACGUCUCUCACAAGCGCUUCGAGAUGCCCAGCGGCAGCGAGCCUCGGCAGCGCGGCAUUUGCCACCGCCUCGACAGCCACACCAGCGGCGUCCAGAUCUUCGGCAAGUCUUGGGAGGCUCAACCGAUCUCCGCCGUCGAUGUACACAGAGGUCUGCCGCUGCGACGGCCGUGCCCCUUGCGGCCUCGGUCACUGCACCGGCUGGCCGCACAUCUCAUGCGGAAGCUCGCGGCGAGGGUCCUGCGGCCGCUGGGCUCCAGGGGCAUCCAUGCUCGAGAGGAGAUGACCACGAUGGCGGAGAGCGAGAGAAAGCGCAGAAGACCCGCGGAGGCAUUCUCAUCUCCCGGUUCCAACGGGAAGUUGGGCAAGGGCGAUUCCGUGUUUGUUCUGUCUCCGACGUUGGCAGCGGCGAGGUCAGAUACCACGUCGCAGCAGCGCCGUUGCAUGCAACUCGCGUCUUCGUCGAAAGAACUGUUGCAUGAAUUGCGUGCCGCUCAUGCGGUGAGGCUCACCGACGCCAGCGUGGUGGCCGCGGCCAUGCAGAAGUGCGGGCAGAGACGCUGGUGGGACACCCUGCAAGAAGUCCGGAAUUUCCAGCUCAGCAGCGGCAUCCCAUCGAACGCCACGCUGUGCAGCAUCUUCCUGACGGCCCUUGGCAAGAGCGUCAGAGGCGAAGCCGGCUUCGGUGCCGUUGCAGCUCGACAGUCCGAGGCGCUCAGCAGAGGCAGGCAAGCUUGGGAGGAGUGGCUGCAGCUGUUCGACACCUCGCAGGACCUGAACGUCGGCCUCAGCGCGGCGCUGCGCCUCUGCGUGGCCGCCGACAGCCCCGCGGGGUACGCCUGGGCGGCCGACCUCUGGACCUGGGCGAGGCGGGAGUCCGCCAGCCUCGACGCGGUGUCGCUGGAGUCUUGGGCCCUGGUGCUCGCCCACUACGGGUACGACGAGGCCCUGGAUCUCCUGCUGGACUCCGCGGCCUGCAGCAGCUGGGCCCCCAGCUGCGUGUCGCUCGGCGCCCUCGUGAACGCCGCGGGGGAGCGCAAGGACUGGCGCAGGGCGGAGGAGGUCUGGGCGAGGCUGGUGGAGCAGUUCGCCGUGGAGCCGAACGUGCUGUGCUACUCCGCCAGGGCCAAGGCGCACCUGCUCUGUGGGCGCCCGGGGCACUCGGCCGCCGUGCUGGACGAGAUGGUGAGCAGGGGGAUCGGCCCGAACGCCAUCGCUGCGGAGAGCCACGUGCAGGCGCUGCUCGUCGUGUGCCACUCCUCCAUGCUGCCGGGCUCGGGGGAGGAUGGUUCUGCUUUCCUGCCUCCGGGCAACGCGUCGGAGGAGUUGGCCGAUCGGCCCUGUGUGGUCAACACCCGGUCCAUGUCGCGCGCGGACUGCCAGAGGCUGGACCACGCCGUCGAGCGCGGGGACUCGGCCGAGGUGAGGCGGAGCGCCUGGCAGCUCGAGACGUGGGGCGCGCUCAAGCGGGCUCGGGAGCUGCUCGGGCACCGCCCCGCGGUGCCACUAGGCGAUGUCCUCAUCGAGUGGAAGGCGCGGGGCAGCCUGCUGGCGCGGUGGGGGCAGGCAGAGGCCGGGAGCGGCUACUUGGCUGGCCCGUGA